AAGUCGUGAAACUGAACCCAUAUCUCGUGUAGGCGGUAUGUUUGCCUGUAUCUAGUGCCGUCGACUGAGUUUCACCUAUAGAUGUCAUCCGGACAGCAUAGGGCAACUCCCAGUAAGUCCUGGCUCCAUUUUGUACAUACCAGCCACUCAAGCAGGCUCUCUGUCAUAAGUGGUAGUGAAACUUGAAGGGAAAUUGCGCGCAUAUUUGGCUGCGAGAGCUACGUAUACUGCUGCACGCUGUAUUGGAUUGCAUCUCUCGUGCGAUGCCCCGAGCGCGACAAACACUACACUGCAGCAUUAGGUUUAUUAUGCCAACUAUGUCAAUACUGCCGGCCCACGGAUUUAAACAAGGUUUGAAUACGGAGGAGCUUCGAUUUGCCUAAUGAACAGCCCGCAUUUAAUCUCGCACUAGACAUACAUUUUUAAGGACUUGCGGGAGCACAGCAUGGGCUGCGGCGCAUCCACGGCCCUGAGCGCGAGGGGAGAGGCGGAGUUCAAGGCGCUUCCGCUUACCUCUGAGGAGCGUCAGAGGUUUGAGGAGGCACUGGCGGCAUCUGCGGAGGCAGCAGCCCGGCAUCUGCAAGAGAGACAGCAGCUGCAGAAGCAGCUGAGUGAGGCACUACGUGACCUGCAACGGCUGAAGGCGCAAUUGGGCGAGAGCUGCGGCGUCCCUGCUGUACCAUUGCCCGCCAGGGCCCCAACUGAGGACGGGCAGCCGGCUGUUGUCGGGCAGCAGGCUGCUGGGGACGGGCCGUCAGCCACCUCAGCUGUUCGCCAACCAGUGGAGCCUGCUGCUGGCAGUCACGAAACCAGUGAAGCACACGCCCGGCUGCUACAGCGCGUACCGGACCACGUGCGGCUAUUGCAGCUUCCGCCAGUGAUCCAAGAUCUGCAUCGUGGCAUGCCGCCCGACAUUGCAAGUGCACCCAUGCGGCUGGUACUUAUUGAGGCAGUGAUAAGCUGGGGCGCGGCGCUAAAGGUGUACGAGGAUGUGGUGGUGUCGGAGUGCUUGGAUGUGCCGUACACAGACGUGCCGGAGAAGGUUUGGGAGGUGACAGUAACGCUGAGCUGGCGCUGGGGCGCGCAAAAGCCGGCUGCGUCCCAGGCAGGCUUCAGCCCCAUGCAGCCGUCGCAGUCUGAGGAGCUGAUAGGGGCGCUGCGCCAGCUGGCAGACGCAGGCUUUGUGUACGUCUGGAUCGACUGGUGCUGCGUUCCGCAAUACUCGGCACCCAGCAUGGUGGAGGUGCUGAGGUCCAAGGUGUUCUAUGCACGUGCUCGCACCAUGCUGGUGCUGCCCACCUUCCACUGCCUGCCCGCGGAGGGCAUCAUCCGGCCACUGCUGGCACGCACGCAGCAGCUGCUGGCGAUGGCAGAUGAGAGUGCAAACGACACAGCAGCGGCAGCCACUGCGCUUGGCUCCAUGCUGUUGAAGGGGCAAAUGGCGUGCCGUGAGUACUUUAGCCGCGUGUGGACGCUGGCGGAGCGGCUAGCACGCUAUGGCCGGGACGAGCCGCUGAGCUGCUGGCUGGGCCUGGAGAAUUGGCUGGGCAUGCUGCUGGAUUCGGUGCUGGCGGCGUCGGGUGUGGCACAUGCGUGCAAUGGCCAUCGAGUGGAUGACCCAAAGGCCACAGUGGCACUGUACGUGAAGGCACUGGAUGCGCUGGGCACUGCUGGGGGGAGCACAGCUGCGGAGGGCAUGGACGCUGGUGGCAUGGAGGGCACAGGCGGUGUUGAUGGCAGCACCAGCAGUGCGGUGAGGAGCACCCAGCUGGUAGAGGCUCUGGUGCCGCUGCUUACGGCUGCGUCAGCCACUGGCAGCCUGCUGGGAGAGGAUGUGGAGGGCCUGGACGCCCUGCUGUCAGAACUGAUGCACGUGGGCACACGCGUGUGGCGCCUGGCACGGCUGGGGGAGGCGCCCAGCUCGUCGUGGCUGCUGGGCUACCUGGCGGACAUGCAGGCCGGCGUGUACCAGGCGUGGAGUGAGCCUGACCGCGUGUGGGCGCUGUACUCAUACUUCUCAUGGAAAAAGCCCGAUGUGAUGUCACCGGCAGCUCUGGCAGAGGCGGUGAAGGACCUUGUCACAGUGGCAGGAGGCGGUGCGCAGCACUUGGCGGUGGCUGGCUCCAAGCUGGGCCUGGGAGCACGGCGGCUGGCAGCCAUUGCUGGUGUGCUGGGCCUGGGGGAGUUUGAGGAGGCUGAGCGAGCAAGGGCCAAGGCCCUAGGCCAGGAGCUCCUCGGUCCUGCAGCAGCUGGCGACAUAGCAGAGGCGCGCCAGCUCCUGUACAGUGGAGCAGAACCUGAUGCACAAGAUAUGAAUGGAGAAACACCACUGCACAAGGCCGCUUACAAUGGCCACAUGGAGGUGGUCAAGGCAUUACUUGAGGCUGGUGCCAGCACAGACAUUGGUGACAAGGACGAGUUGUUGACACCACUGCACAAGGCUGCUGACAGAGGCCACAUGGAUGUGGUUGAGGUGCUGCUGGCAGCUGGUGCCAGCAAGGAUAUGGCUGCACAGAAUGGAUUGAUGCCGCUGCACAAAGCCGCUGAAAAUGGUCACAUGGAGGUGGUCAAAAUCCUGCUGGCGGCCGGUGCCAGCAAGGAUAUCGCCAGCAAGAAUGGAGUGACGCCCCUGCACAAGGCCGCUGGCAAAGGCCAAACUGAGGUGGUCAACAUCCUGCUGGCGGCAGGUGCCGGCAUGGACAUCACCCACAAGAAUGGAGUGACACCACUGGGCAUGGCUGCUGGCAAAGGCCACACGGAGGUGGUCAAGGCACUACUUGAGGCCGGUGCCGGCAAGGACAUUGCUGACAAGAAUGGAUCAACGCCACUGGGCAUGGCUGCUGGCAAAGGCCACACAGAGGUGGUCAAGGCACUACUUGCGGCUGGUGCCGGCACUGACAUCGCUGACAAGAAUGGAUUGACGCCGCUGGGAAUGGCCUCUUCCAAUGGCCACGCGGAGGUGGUCAAGGCGCUGCUGGCGGCUGGUGCCGGCACAGACAUAGCUGACAAGGACGGAUUGACACCGCUGCACAAGGCCGCUGACAAUGGGCAUACGGAGGUGGUCAAGAUGCUGCUGGCGGCAGGUGCUGGCAAGGACAUCGCCGAGAAGCAGAAUGGAGAGACGCCACUGUACCAAACCGCUGGCAAAGGCCACAUAGAGGUGGUCGACGUGCUAUUGGCGGCUGGUGCUGGCACUGACAUUGCCGCACAGAACGGAGAAGCACCACUGCACCAGGCCGCUUACAAUGGCCACACGGAGGUGGUCAAGGCACUACUUGCGGCUGGUGCCAGCACAGAUGUCGCUGACAUGUACUACGAAUUGACGCCACUGCACAAGGCCGCUGGCAACGGCCACACGGAGGUGGUCAAGGCGCUACUUGCGGCUGGUGCCGGCACUGACAUAGCCGACAAGAACGGACUGACACCGCUGCACAAGGCCGCUUCCAAUGGCCACAUGGAGGUGAUUAAGGCGCUACUUGCGGCCGGUGCCAGUAAGGACAUCGCUGACAAGAAUGGACUGACGCCACUGGGCAUGGCCGCUUCCAAUGGCCGCGCGGAGGUGGUAAAGGCGCUAGUUGCAGCUGGUGCCCGCGCGGACACCGCUGACAAGAACGGAUUGACGCCGCUGCACAAGGCCGCUGACAACGGGCAUACGGAGGUGGUCAAGAUGCUGCUGGCGGCAGGUGCCAGCAAGGACAUUGCCGAGAAGCAGAACGGAGAAACGCCACUGCACAAGGCCGCUGACAGAGGCUACAUUGAGGUAGUCGAGGUGCUGCUGGCGGCUGGUGCGGACAAGGACAUCGCUGACAAGAACGGAUUGACGCCGCUUGGCAUGGCCGCUUACAGCAGAGGCGGCAUGGGUGUAUUGAAGGUGCUACUUGCGGCAGGUGCCAGCGCGGAUAUUGCUGACAAGAACGGAGAAACCCCACUGCACAAGGCCGCUGGCAAAGGCCGCACGGAUGCAGUCGAGGUGCUGCUGGCGGCCGGUGCCGACAAGGACAUCGCUGACAAGAACGGACGGACGCCGCUGCACAAGGCCGCUUCUGAACGCCACCCGGCGGUAGCCGAGGUGCUGCUGGCGGCUGGUGCCGACAAGGACAUCGCUGACAAGGACGGGAGGACGCCGCUGGAUUUGUUAGACUGGAUGGCCGACGUAAACGUGCGGUAGCCUGGAGGCCGGCACGGCCACGGACGAUCGGCACUGCGGGCGAUCCACACGGGCAGCCAGCCGUAGUGGCGGCGGAGUACAGUACCGGUAUUCUGGGCUGAAACAGCAAACCUCGCUCCCCAUGCUUAAGAUGGCGCACUUUGGCGAACUUGGGGCCAUCUCAGACUUGAGAGUAGCUCGGUAGUGCGCACCUGUGGGCCCGGCGGGCUGAGCGACCGUGGAGCGCUCAUCUUGCUUGGUGGCUAAGGUCGUCAUAUCAUGACGUGCGGGACCCACUUUUGAUUCUGUAUGCACUUGAAUUUCGCACGCGCACAUUGGGAGGGCGCCCGUGUGAGGUGCUUCACACCAGGGUGUCAUGCUACAGCGAGGACCAGACGUGGCACGGGGCCAGUGGUGAACUAGGGUUACAAUUUCAAAUUCGCCCCAUCCCUUUCUGUAUGCGCAUCGGUGAUUUUCCAAAGCAGGGGGCACCACGGGGCAAGCCGAUUGGUGUUGGGUAUGGGGGAGGAUUUAGCGGGGGAUGAGCGUCCAGUGAAUGCGCGGCUACGGUGUCCACUGCUGGUUGAACAGACAGCCUUGGCCACUACAAGUGUGGCCUAAAAAAGGCCUGGCCCUGCCAUGAGCCAAAAGCAUGUGCGUUGUAAUUGUG